CGACACGCUGCUCCUUCGCUGGCCGCAGACAACCCCCCAGGGCGCCAGACUCGCAGUCCUCGCUGCACCCGCGCGCUGCCUGCCUGCCAUUGCCGCGCCCGGGACUCGUCCGCGCCGCCCAGCCGGCAUCUUGCGAGAGCUGAUCCCGCGCGCUCAGCCGUGCCCAUUCCCUGCUGCUGCACCGCACCGCAUCCACCGCUUCCGCCCGCAUCCCCAUCGCCCGACCCUCGCUGCCAGACCCCGUGCCAUGUGCUGUGCUGCCCGCCGCAUGCCUGCGUACAUGAGCUGCUAGCACCCGCGCUGCCAUGCCUUUGCGGCCUCUUCGACCUGGUCGCAGCGACAAGGACCUCAAGCGCAGGAGCACCCUGGAUCCCGCCGGCCUCUUCACGCGCGCCGGCAAGCUGAACAAGUCGGCCGAGCACCUGGGAGACGCGCGCAAUGCUGCCUCCGAGGACGGCGGCGCGCGCCCGCAGUCGUCAGGCCGUGUCGAGGAGCCCCGAGGGUCGUGGUCGGCAGCCCGCGACGAGAACCGCCCGCCCACGCCGCCCGUCCAGGAGCACACGCCCUUGACCCGCCGCUUCAGUCUGAUGCGCUUCCGUCACGCCUCCGACUCGCAACUGUCCGCCCGUGCAAAGGAGCAUGCCGACGACGACGACGCCCCGCCGCCCGUUCCCGCAGUGCCCGCCAACGCAACCACAACGCCCGCCAUCAUCACCACCGCGCCCACCAUGGUCAUCACCGAGGAGCAGCCCCCCAGGAAGCGCGGCCGCCUGCAGCAAUUGAGCUUGCGCAGACGCUCGUUUGACCCGACGUCGGUCGACCGGCCGGGCAUCCUGCGCAAGUCGUCGGACAAGAAGAGCAGCAUGGACGUGAAGAGGUCGGCGUUUGGCUUUGGCAAGAGCAGGGACAACUUGAUCCAGGAGCCGGGCCGCUCGUCCACCAGCCAGCGGCCGGCAACGCUUGCCGAGUCUGCCCACGAAGAGGCGGAAGCCACGACCAUGUCCGCCCCGUCGCUUCCUGUUCCACGCCAGUCAGACUCGUCCCGAUCCGACGGCAGCUCCACCGGCCAUGUCUCGUUCGAGAACACGCCCAGGCCGCAGAAGACGCCGAAGCCCAGCUCGGGCCGCAACUUCUUUGGCCGCAAGAAGCAGCGCGCAUCGUUAUUCCCUCUGCCCAUGAAGAUCACCCCUCCCGAAUUUCCGGACACGGCCCCAGCGACGCCACGCGCGUCGACAAGCGGCAUCAGCACCGGCUCUGCCCACCAUUCCCCCGGCGCCGAAAGUCCCCCCUUGACCGCCAUCCACCACCCCCGCGACCUGGAGAAUGGAUUGAGACCAUCGCCAAUGCCGUCCCCGUCCCAAUUGGCCUUGACCGCUGCCAACAUGAACCUCUCCACCUCCCCGGCAGGCGCUCUCCUCCGCAACGACUCCCAGAGGUCCAUACACUCCGCUCGCUCCUCGCCUCACUCGCCUAGGCCAAAGAUACUGGGCCUGCGAGGACGCUCGUCCACCAUGGGCUCUCUUGGUGGCCUAUCCGACGACGAUCCGCCUCCAACGCCGCCGUACGCUACAAGCGGGAGGAAUUCGACGUCUACCGCAGGGAGAAGCAGCUUCAGCAAUUUGUUCGGGCUGAGCUCAAGAUUCCGCCAGAACUCCGAACCGCACUCGCCCCGCCACGGAUCCCCCGCUCAUGGUGGAUUAGGUACCCCGGGAAUGAUGUCCCAUCAGAACUCGUUGAACAUCAGCCGAGAAGCCCUGGUUAUGCCACAGCGAGAGGAGGGCGAGACGCCAGGACACUAUCUGGAGCGCAUGGAGGAGAACAGCAUUGGCAAGAGCGCCAUCGCUAGCUACCUAACUAAAACCGAAGAUCCGUUCCUCCUUGCUGUGCUGCGAAGUUACAUGCGCAAAUUCGCCUUCUUUGGAGAUCCCAUUGACAUGGCCAUCCGCAAGUUGCUUAUGCAGGUUGAGCUCCCAAAAGAGACACAGCAAAUCGAUCGUGUGCUGCAGGGGUUCUCCGACCGGUACCACGAGUGCAACCCCGGAAUAUACGUCAAUCCAGACAAGGCUUACUUUAUCUCCUUCUCCAUCGUGAUCCUACAUACCGAUUUCUUCAACAAAAAUAACAAGCGGAAAAUGCAGAGAGGCGAUUACAUAAAGAAUUCAUCUUGCGAGGGCGUCUCAGAGGACGUGCUCGGCUGCAUCUACGACAAUGUCGUGUAUACUCCCUUUAUCCACAUUGAAGAUGAUGUUGAUCUGAAAACAAUUUCCUCGAAACGGAGCAGACGGACCGCUGCGUUGAAAGGCCCCAUGAACGAUCCCGCGAAAAAGGCCGCUCGCGAGCCCAUCGACCCAUAUACCCUAAUAUUCGAAGGCAAGCUCGACGUUCUCCGGCCUAACAUCAAGGACGUGAUGAAUCUAGACGAUCCGUAUAACUACCUCGGCACCGCACCUACCCUAGAUACGAAGACGCUCUGGAGGUCUUUUUCAAGGUUUGGAAUCAUCCAAAUCGUAUCCUCUCGAUCUAGACCGGAGGCUUUCAUGUCGCAGGACAGCCAGGAUAAUCCGCAGGAGAGCUCGGUCGGCAUAGUCGAGAUGCCUGUGACCAAAGUCGGUGUAUUGUGGAGGAAGGACAACAAGCGGAAGAAGACCAGGUCGCCGUGGCAAGAGUGGGGUGCUAUACUGACUCGCUCAGGUCUUUCGCUGUUCCGCAACUCCAGCUGGGCAAAGAAUCUGAUGAACCAGCACGAGCAGCAUGAAAAGCACGGCGACACAAGCCCAGUGCACUUCCAACCGCCACUGCAAGAGUUCAAGCAGGACCACAUGAUUCCGAUGGAUGGUGCAGUGGCGCUGGUAGACAACACAUACAAGAAGCACAAGAACUCCUUUGUCAUGUUCUCACGAGUCGGCGAAGAAACGUUUCUUGCGGACAGCGAGAAGGACUUGAACGAUUGGCUGGCAAUGCUCAACUACACUGCUGCUCAUGAGACAUUAGGCGUCAGGCCGCGCGGGUUGCAAGGCGACCUCUACGAAGGCCAGAGGAACAGAGCGAUUCGACGCGGCGAAUCCGCGACAUCGACAAAAACGCUAACCUCUCCGACUGGGGAUGUAAUACUUCGGAGUGGAGGGAUUGACAAGGAGCUCCAGCAGCAGAUGCGCCAAGCACGGAAAGACUUGAUGCAAACUCGCAUUUCAGAGUCGGAGGAGCGACUCACCGAAUCGAUAAAGCAGCUAGAGGGUCGCUUGAGAGACGCCCGGCAUCUCCAGAUUCUCGCACCUAUACAGCCCAAGAGUAGAGAGCUCGUCAUCCACGCAGCGGGUCGGUUAUCGGCUAAGUUGAAGUGGUCUCGCAUUGAGAUCUGGCGCAUGAAGUGCCAUCGAGAUAUCCUAGCGCAGGUUCUCGAAGACGAAAAACACCCACAACUUAGUGUCCCGGUCCCAACCGAGCGAGCUCAAUCAACGGCUUCAGACCAAAAGUCUUCGAGAGCAUCAAGGAUUGGCAGUCUGGCGCGCCUCAGCUCUAAGACAAGCUCUCUCACCAACACAGCGAAGCCACCUCUUUCCCCAACAUCUAUUCGUCCAGAAACCAAAUCGUCCCGAGACUCUGAUUUCGGUGGGGACGACAUGUUUCGAACACCACCCGAAACCACACAUUCCAGUCCCAACAUGACACCCGCUACUUUCACUCUCCCUCCAAUCUCACUGAGUCCUCGGCUAUCCGCACACAGGCCAUCACUCGCCAGCUCCAUGGCACAAUCGCCCAAACUCUCCCCCAACGAUCACCGCCCCUCUAUAUCCACCACUGACGAGGUAGCCAUCAGCUCCGAUGGUGCAUCUGAUGCUGGUUCACAGUACACGACGCCGCCACAUUCCAUCGAUCGCCGAAGGUCAGGUCCCAGAACACCACCCGACCUGCAAGUGGACGGGCUGCGCUUAGACGAUGAUUCCGACUCUGAACACGAUCAACCCCCCGCUGCUUUGACGGGAUCGCCCGAAUCGCGCUCCAAGGUCCGAAGGAGUCUGCACCGCACGCUCCGGGAGUCACACGGCAGCUCUUCGCAUCGUCGUGGCCACAAGGCCAGAGACUCCGCGUCGACAAUCGUGAGCAACGAGUCGGAAAGCGAGGGCCUAGCGCGCACCAAGGGCAGCUUCACGGUGCACGGGAAGAAAGCGUCCGUCAUUCAAUUCGGCCCUGACUGGCACAACACACCAGCGGAAGAGCGCCUCAAGACCCGAAAACAGGCGCAGGAGGCGAUGGAAGAAGCCGGCUCAGCGGACGAACGGGGUAGCACUGUGGUACCUGACAGUGCUGUUGCUGCCCGUGAGGGUGCCGUGGCUGCGCUUGCUGCGACAGCCGUGGAGGCUUCCGUUCGCGUGCCUGCGUCGAGUGAGGUCCGCAAGCAACGACACGUCUCGGCGCAAACGAUCACCCCCGCGAGCUACAAGCAAUCCCUCGAGGGUCAGGGGAGCGAUUCGGACGCUGCAUCGCAGAUGAGCGAGAUUCAAGAGGAGUCGCGCCGGGAGUCGCCGAAGCAGUCGGAGGAAGACUUGCUGCAAGCUGCUACAGAGCCACAGGCAGCCACAGAAGAAGAGAUCUCCCGGGCACUUGAGAGGCCCACAAUCACGGUCGGUUAAAGCAUAGUUUUCAGUUUGAUCUUGGCAGCAUUUUGCAUUUCUAAAAGCGGAUUUUUGGGUGUUUGCGCUCUGCAUUUUCGUUUGCGGUCUUGGAUCGGUCCCUGCAUUGACGAUAGCACGGCGCAGGUGGGGUUUGUUGUUCAUCUUUUACAACGGUCGAGCGACACGUUCCUAGUUUAUAUCACACUGCGGUCAAGCGACGUGGCCUUCCUUUUAGUUUCUUUGGUCGUUGGCUGAGGGCGUGGGGAGGGGAGGGGAAUCAUACCCAGGGCGUACUCAGGGGGCGGAGAGGUAUAUGCAUAGACUUGGUUGUGCGAUCUGAGCGCGGUGCCUGUUUUGUUCAGUCUGGGGUGCAGGGGCACGGGUGGGCAAAGAGCAUAUAACAUAGAUACCUUGACGUGUGUGGAA